CAGAAUAUUAUGAUCAUCACAGUUCAUAAAAUUCCCUCAAAUUUCACCAGCUUCCACUUACCUGUCCCCCCACCCCACCCCAUCACCACUCCCACUCCCCCACUCACCCCUAUAAAAGUCCACCCCCGACCCCACCACCACGCACUAUACAUACACCUACAGCUCAGUCAGCUCACUCAGUUUACACCAUUUUUUCCGGCGACUAAUAUGGCGGAGGACGACGUCGUUCCUCAAACAUUCCGAGCAUAUGUAGAAACUGCAGAAAAAAAGUUCGCCAGAGUCCGCGACUUACCGGCGUACGGACGAUGGGGAACAAGUAAUCACUACUUCCACAAAGUGUUCAAAGCGUAUAUGAAGCUCUGGAAAUACCAACAGGAACACCGAAUAAAGCUAAUACAGUGUGGUUUACAGCGUUGGGAGAUCGGUGAGAUCGCUUCACGGAUCGGUCAAUUAUACUUUAGUCAGUAUAUGAGGACAAGUGAAGCGAGGUUUUUGUUAGAAUCAUGUAUUUUCUAUGAAGCGAUUUUGAAUAGGAAGUAUUUUGAAGGCUCUGGAAAUGAUCGGAAUGUGAGGUUUAAGGAAUUGAGGUUUUAUGCAAGGUUUUUAAUGGUUUUGUUGAUUUUGAAUCGUGGGAAAUGGCAAAGUUGUUAA